GUUUAUCAAGGAAGUAAUACUGAAACAGGAAACCUCGGCUGGGAUUCAUUGAAUUUGAUAUAAUCUGAUAUAGUGACAGCCAAAUUAUAUUUAUAUCCCUUGUUACAUAGGAGAAGACAGUUUUAACAAGUGAACAAUUUUAAGGAAUUUAAUUCAGGUAAAACAUGGCGGUCCCAGGAAAGAAAGCAUCAAAACAAUUUUCAUCAUCUAGAGCAUCCCUCGCAUCAGAUGAAGAUCAUCAAAUUUACUGCCAGCCUUGUGAUGAGGAAGGAACUAGACUCCCUGCUCAUGGUUACUGUACUGACUGCAAGGAACACCUUUGCAAAACAUGCUUUACAGCCCAUAAAAAACAUAGGCUUUCCAAACAUCAUAAACUUCUGGAUGCAACAAGUAUGCCUAAAGUUUUGCAGCAACCCUCAACAUCCAUCCACACAGGCCUGUCUGAUGAUCUUACAACACCCUGUUGUAAACAUUCACAAGAAAUCAUCAAGUUCUACUGCAAUGACCAUAAAAAUUUACUUUGCAGUGUUUGUGUUACCCUUGAACACCAACCUACUUCCUGCAAAGUUGAUUAUAUACCUGAUAUUUCUGGUUAUAUAAUAGACAGCAAAGAAUAUCAAAUUAUCUUGAAAGCACUAAAUACCACUUUUGAUCAUUAUCAACAGAUGGUAGAAGAUGCCAAGGAAAUGACAGGGAAAUCGAACAGAUCACUAAAAGAUGCACUUGAAGAUAUUAAAAAGUUUCGGAAAGAAAUAAACCAGAGACUUGAUGAACUGGAGAGACAAGUUGUGCAUGUAGUCAAGGUCACAGAACAAGAAAAUAACUCAAAUAUCACAUCAGUAGAAACAUCGUGUGAAGAAGUUACCAAAUCUUUGAAGAGAUCUUCAGAAAAAAUCAAACAACUCAACACAUCAACACAAGCUAAUACACUCUUUAUGGAGCUUAAGAUAGCAGAAAAAAUGAUGGAAGAUGUUGAGAAAACUGCACUACACCUUUCAACAUAUGAUGUCAAAGAGCACAACUUUCAAGCAAAUAAAACAAUAUUAACCAAGCUUAUAACAGAGAGGUCAUUAGGUACAUUGACACAGAAAACAUUAAAUAAAGAAUGUCAACCUAUACAAAUAAAAACUAGACAAUCUUCAAAUGAGGGAAAAAUCUGUGUGAAGACAUCAAAAGAUAAAUACAGAUGCUGUAUAACAGGAAUGACUCUGCUGACUCCUGAUCUUCUUAUCAUCACUGACUGCAAUAACAAUGCUGUAAAGAUGGUGGAUACCAGCAGUCAAUCUGUGUCUGAUCAACUACAACUAGAUGAUGAACCAUGGGAUAUCACCACAGUAACCAGUACUGAACUUGCUGUCACACUUCCUGACAAACAAACAAUACAGUUUAUAUCAAUUUCAUCAAACAAACUCAAAAAGAGGCACACUGUGAAGGUUGAUGGGAAAUGUUAUGGUAUAAGCUGUUAUCAAGGUAAACUUGUUGUGUCAUUCAAUAAUCCUGCAAAACUGCAGAUCCUUGAUAUGAAUGGCACUAUACUGUCAACAAUUGAUGGAAAAAAUAUUUUCAAACAUCCAUUGUCUAUCACAAGUAACAGAAGUUCAAUCUAUGUAUCUGACUGGGCCAUGAAGACAGUAACAAAAUUAAACUGGCAAGGUGAUGUGGUAGGUAGUUAUAGAGGUAUGAGUUAUCCUACAAGAAUGUCACUGUCAGAUGAUGGUAAUAUCUUUGUGUGUGAUUGGGAGAGAAAUGUUAUAGAAGAAAUAUCAGAAGACUGUUCUACAGGAAAAGUUGUGUUGGAGAAUCUGAAUAAUCCCUAUACUGUUUGUUGGUGUGGUGAAACAAAGAAGCUGUAUUACAGUUGUCGCAGUUUGAAUGAAAAAAUUGAUAACUUUCUAUACAUUAAUGAAAUGUCAUAAAACAUAUACCAAUCUAUUAUAUGAAAGGUGUUAAAUCUUGUUAUCAUGUAAAGUUUGCAUUCAAGCUGCUCUAAACAACCAUUAUGCGUUUACCUAUUUCUACAAAAAGAAAAACUAAACUUGCAAACACUAAACCAUACACACUGAGUGAAAACAAUGAUUAUUAUCCUUCAUAUAUCAAAAAGAAAUGUGUGAAACAUGUCACAAAACUAAAUAUGAAGUGACAGAUAUUCCAAUAUUACAUUUGUAUGGCAAUUCGUAUAAUAUUUCAUAUUUUAGUGCCAUUUACACUGUAAAUAUGUAAAUGUGUUUUAUUUCAUUCUUCUUUAUUAAGUA